AUGGUCAACGGCUUCGAGUAUUAUGAUUUGAGUUUCUUACCAAAUCCGAUUCCCGAUCUUGGAUUCGGCGUUCCUUCGUCUAGCGAUUUCGAUCUCCGCACGAAUCAUCAUCACCAACCUUCAAUUUGGGUUCCAUCAACACAAGAUCAAUACUCUCCUCCAUCUGAUGAGAUCGAUUCGGAGAACAGCCUUUUGAAAUACGUAAACCAGAUCCUCAUGGAAGAGAGCAUCGCGGAGGAGAAGCAAUCUAUGUUCUACGAUUCCUUAGCUCUACGACAAACCGAAGAAAUGUUGCAGCAAGUCAUCAGCGACUCCCAAACUCAAUCUUACAGUAUCAUCCCAAAUUCGAUCAGUAGUAGUAGCAGCAACAGUGGCGGUGGUGAUUGUUGGAGCAGUAACAGCAACUCCAGUGUCCGAAUCGAGACAGCAGCUAACUCUAACGAGAGCGAAGUCUUUUACGAUCCUCUUGUUGACUCUGGUGUUGUGUCUUUCCAAGGCUCAAACUCAAACACGUUGCGUGGAUUCGGACAGCCAGCGAACGAGAUUCUUGUCAGAAGUAUGUUUAGUGACGCUGAAUCAGUCCUCCAGUUUAACAGAGGUCUAGAGGAAGCUAGCAAGUUUCUUCCAAACACCGACCAAUGGAUCUUCAAUCUCGAGCACGAGAAGAAAGAAGUCUUCCCAGUGAAGCAAGAGAAAGGGUUUAAAAAGACUCAUCACGAGCGAGAAGAGGAAGAAGAUGAGCUAGUAGAGUAUACAAGGAGUAGCAAACAAUCAGCAGUGAACGUUGAAGACGGGAAGUUAACUGAAAUGUUCGACAAGGUUCUGCUUCUUGACGGCGAAUGCGAUCCGCAGAUUAUAGAAGACGGAGGGAAUGUUUCUAGCAAAGCUCAGGUGAACAAGAAAGAAGGAGGCCGAGCGAAGAAGAAGAGCCAAGCGGUUGAUUUCCGCACGCUUCUCACGCUCUGCGCGCAGUCGAUCUCCGGUGGCGAUAAGAUCACAGCUGACGAUUUGCUGAGGCAGAUAAGGAAGCAGUGUUCGUCUGUCGGCGAUGCGUCGCAGAGACUUGCUCAUUUCUUCGCCAACGCGCUCCAGGCUCGUCUUGAAGGUAGCAGCAGCGGGACGAUGAUCCAGAGCUACUACGAUUCCAUCGCUUCGAAGAAACGAACAGGUGCGCAGAUUCUCAAAUCGUACAGCGUGUUCUUGUCUUCGUCUCCGUUCAUGACCUUGAUCUACUUCUACUCCAACAAGAUGAUUCUUGACGCUGCUAAAGAUGCUUCCGUGCUUCAUAUAAUCGACUUCGGGAUCCUUUACGGUUUCCAGUGGCCGAUGUUUAUACAGCACAUAUCGAAGAGCAAAACCGGGCCACGUAAGCUUCGGAUAACCGGGAUUGAGAUCCCUCAGAACGGGUUUCGUCCGACGGAGAAGAUGGAGGAUACAGGUCGUAGGCUCACAGAGUAUUGCAAACGGUUUGGUGUUCCGUUUGAGUACAAUGCGAUUGCGUCCAAGAACUGGGAGACGAUCCGGAUGGAGGAGUUUAAGAUCCAACCGAACGAGGUUCUUGCGGUUAAUACCGUUCUCAGGCUUAAGAACCUUAGAGACGUGACUCCAGGGCAAGAGAAUUGCCCUAGAGACGGGUUCUUGAAGUUGGUUAGAGACAUGAACCCGGAUGUGUUCGUGAGCUCGACGAUAAACGGGUCUUUCAACGCGCCGUUCUUCACGACGAGGUUCAAAGAAGCUCUGUUCCAUUACUCGGCGCUGUUCGACAUGUUUGGGGCGACGCUGUCGAGAGAGAACCCGGAGAGGAUACAUUUCGAAGGGGAGUUUUACGGGAGGGAAGUGAUGAAUGUGAUAGCUUGCGAAGGAGUGGAUAGGGUUGAGAGGCCGGAGACGUACAAGCAGUGGCAGGUGAGGAUGGUGAGAGCCGGGUUUAAGCAGAAGCCUGUGGAGGCAGAGCUUGUGGAGACGUUUAGGGUGAAGAUGAAGAAAUGGGGUUAUCAUAAAGACUUUGUGCUUGAUGAAGAUAGUAACUGGUUCUUGCAAGGUUGGAAAGGUCGCAUCUUGUUCUCUUCUUCUUGUUGGGUCCCUUCUUAG